AUGGCUUCGAAUUCGAUUCUUUGUCCCUCUUCCUAUUUGAAUCUCAGACCUUUUGUGUGUUUUUUAUGCUUCAUUAGCCGUUGUUGUUCAUAUGGCGAACUGGGUCCGUACAAUAGCUUCACUGUCUCCAGCUUUAGCUACCCACCAACCACGGUUGGGCCCUCUGGGUUCCGCUAUAUUAGAGUUGAAUUGCCACCAUGGUUCUCGUCAAUGUCAGUGGCAAUGAACUCGGACGUACACCGUGCUACUGGAGACAUAGCAAAGGUUCCUAAAAGUACAUUGCCAUUGAUUUGCUUCAGAGAUGGUAGCCCCCCACUGCCGGAUGUCAACAGUUCACUAAUGGAUUCAGUUCUAGUUCCCCAUUCCAAUGGUUCAUUUAAGGGAAUAGAAGCUCUUCAGAGUUCAGAGCAGUGCUAUCCCAUGCAAAAAAAAUUUACAGUGAAGUUGACAAAUGAGCAGAUUUCUCCAGGAGUUUGGUAUUUUGGUCUUUUCAAUGGCAUUGGACCUACAAGGACACAAUCAAAGAUGAUUAAUCGUGCUCCAGCUUACUCCUUCAGUGCCAACAUCACCGUGGAAGGAUGUACAACCCUAACCAUGUGGGGCCCAGACUGCAAUCAGACAAUAAACCCACUUUCUUGUGCUCUAUCUGACAGCUUCAGUCCUGCAGACAAUUCUUCAGAAGCUGGUUUUUACAACCAGACAAUUGAAUAUGUGAUUUUGUGCAAAAACAAUUUUGACACUUCUUGUCAUAGAGAUGGAGAGCCAAAAUUCUACUCUUUGGAUGUAGUGGGAGUAUCACAAGAGUUAAAAAUUGUUGCAAUUGAUGUUUGGUUAAAUGAAACGUCAUCGAAUAAAAGCAAGAAUGCCAGUGGUAUUAAUUUAAUUUGUUUUGCACGGCAUGGUGCAAUACCUUCAGAAACUGUGAAUGACUAUUCCAGUAAUAUAAACAAAUCCCCAAUAGUCAUACACUUUCCAAAGGUUGGUCGCUGGUACAUUACUAUUUUACCUGUCAACCUCUCAAAAGAACUUGGAGGGAGUUCAGAUACUGACAUGAAAGUUUGCUACUCCAUGGAAUCAAAACUGCUUGAAUGUCCAGUGGGAAAGGCUGGAGCAAAUUGUACAAGGGAAAUGUACAACCUUCAGACGGCUCUGAGGAAAGGUUCAGGCUACUUUGAAUCCUAUUAUUUACCUGUCAGUGAAAAAGUGUCUCCUGAUUCAGCCAAUUUUCCUCUUGAUUCGCUUUUAACCAAUUCUUCGCUUCAUGGAGAACCAGACGAAACAUGGACUUACUUUAUUUUGGACAUUCCUCGUGGUGCAGCUGGAGGAAAUAUCCACAUUCGAUUAGUGUCAGAUGCAAAAAUUAAUUAUGAAGUAUAUGCUAGAUUUGGCGGAUUACCAUCUCUUACUAGCUGGGACUAUUAUUUUGCCAACAAAACAAGCAGUAGUGUUGGCUCCAUGUUUUUCAACUUGUAUAAUUCAAGUGAAAACAAAGUUGAUUUUUACAUUUUGUAUAUUAGAGAAGGUACUUGGGGUUUUGGACUAAGGCAUCUCAACACCACCAGUGGUGUGUCCAAAUUUCAGACUACCAUGUCUAUUUCCCUUGAAAGAUGCCCAAGACGAUGCUCCUCACAUGGGAGAUGCGAUACUAGCUUAGAUGUUAGUGGAUUAACAACAUACAGCUACUGCUCAUGUGAUCGAGACCAUGGAGGCUUUGACUGUAGCAUUGAACUUGUAUCGCAUCAUGGGCACGUAUGGCAAUCAAUUUUUCUUAUUGCGUCAAAUGCUGCAGCAGCACUUCCUGCCUUUUGGGCCCUUCGACAGAAGGCAUUGGCAGAGUGGAUAAUAUUUACAUCUAGCGGAAUUGCAAGUGGAAUAUAUCAUGCAUGUGAUGUGGGAACCUGGUGUCCUCUGGGCUUUGGAGUUUUACAGUUCAUGGACUUCUGGCUUUCGUUCAUGGCCGUAGUGAGCACAUUUGUGUACCUAGGUACACUCGAUGAAGAUCUUAAGAGGGCAGUACACACAGCCGUUGCAAUCCUUACUGCCCUUAUGGCAUAUACUAAGGCCACCAGGCCAGCCAACAUUAUUCUUGUAAUGGCAAUUGGCACUGUGGCUCUUCUUAUUGGAUGGCUGGUAGAAUUGUCAACCAAGUGUAGGUCAUUUUCCUUUUCGAUCAGAUUCUCCUUAAAUAUGCAUGAGAGGUUGCAAGCAGUUAGGGGGUGGCUCAAGAAUCUUUUUAAGACGAUUGUUAGAAGAUUUCGCUGGGGCUUUGUACUUGCAGGUGUAACUGCAUUAGCCAUGGCAGUAAUUAGUUGGAUACUGGAGAGCAGUGAAAGCUACUGGGUUUGGCACAGCAUUUGGCAUAUCACAAUAUAUACAUCUUCCUUCUUCUUCCUUUGCUCAAAAGCAAGUACUGCAAGUACGGUAGAUACGGAGAAUCAAACACUCCCGAAUGGAGCCUAUGAGUUGACUCGACAGGAUUCAUUUCCAAGAGAAAAAGGUGAGAAUUUGCUGCAAAGAGAUGAAGACUUGUCCGAUUGCAUCCCUGAAGCAAUUUUCUUGAGAACCAAUUAA